GUCAAGCGACAUACUUCAAAAAUGUACAUUUUUACAGAUAAAUACAUGAUGAAAUAAAACAUUAGUUCUUGAUUAAAACGUUAACUGUAAAAACCCUGCUAGAACAUAAAAAAUGGCAAAUUCCUACACUACCCACAAUUCCGAUGUAGGCACAUGCGUAAAAAGUCUACGUCAGGUCACAACAAGGAAGUAGUGGAGCGCGCAUUUCUUUUAAUCUUAUUAGACACAGGGGUGCUUAAAAGCAUUCAGUUAAAGAUUACGUUGAUCUUGUUUUAAACAACAGCAGCAACCUGUUCGAGUCUCUGGAUUUUAUCUAGGAAGAUAAAACCGAAGCUAACAAAUCAGUUCUGAAUGAAAGAAAAGUUGAGCAGAAAUUCGUUCUCUUUCUUCCCUUAAAGCAUUCCAUGUUAAAGAGUCGCUGACGCUGCAAACAGUGCUACCUUGACAGUCAAGAUGAGGAUGAUCACCUUUUUCCUGGUUGGACUGGCGGUCCACGUUGUCUUCUUCCUGUCCAUCUUUGAUAUCUACUUCACAUCUCCGCUGGUCCAUGGUAUGACACCCCAGACUACACCACUGGCACCCCCUUCCUCCAGACUGGUGUUAUUUGUAGCUGAUGGGCUCAGAGCUGACAGUCUCUUUACAUUACUUCCUGAUGGCUCAUCAAGGACUCCAUACUUGAGGAGUGUAAUAGAGGAGACGGGUACCUGGGGUGUGUCUCACACACGAGUUCCUACUGAGUCUCGACCCGGUCACGUUGCUCUCAUCGCAGGCUUCUAUGAGGAUGUUAGCGCAGUCGCUAAAGGCUGGAAGGAGAAUCCAGUGGAGUUUGAUUCAGUGUUUAAUGAGAGCAGAAACACCUGGUGCUGGGGAAGUCCAGAUAUCCUGCCUAUGUUUGCCAAAGGUGCCAGUGGAAACCAUGUUCAUACUCACACAUACCCGGCAGAGGAAGAAGACUUUGCUUCCACAGAUGCCUCCAGGCUGGACACUUGGGUGUUCACUCAAGUCAAAUCCUUUUUCCAGUCAUCAGAGUCCAACUCCACCCUGAAGGCCAGUCUGCUGGAGGAUAAAAAUAUAUUUUUUCUGCAUCUUCUUGGCAUUGACACCAACGGUCACGCUCACAGACCCAUGUCAAAGGAAUACCUGGACAAUAUUGUCCUAGUGGACAGAGGUGUAGCUGAACUCGUGGACGUGAUAGAGGACUUCUUUGGUCGUGAUGGCAGAACUACCUAUGUGUUUACCUCUGAUCAUGGCAUGACAAACUGGGGCUCCCACGGCGCCGGCCAUCCUUCUGAAACCCUCACACCGUUGGUGGUGUGGGGAUCUGGGGUCAGUAAGGCCCAGAGAGUCACAGAGCCCCAGCUGUUUGAGGGUGAUGAUUUCCUGCAAGACUGGAAGUUGGAGCACAUCCGUAGAGUCGACGUCAACCAGGCAGAUAUUGCUCCACUCAUGGCUUCUCUAGUCGGUUUGCCUAUCCCCGUUAACUCUGUUGGUGUGUUACCGCUCCUCUACCUGAACAGCAGCGACAAGUUCAAGGCAGAAAGCAUGUACACGAAUGCUAUCCAAGUUCUGGAGCAGUUUAAGGUGAAAAUGCGUCAGAAAGAAGAAACGACCUUGUCUUUUUUCUUCACACCGUACCAACAUCUGACCGAGUCAAAACAAGCCGAUUUUACCCAGAAGGCUCGGAUACUGAUCCAGCUGGAAAAGUACAGCGAGGCUAUCUCGCUGUGCCAGACUCUGAUAUCGCUCUCCUUAGAAGGCCUGGUCUACUACCACACCUAUGACCGGUUCUUUCUGGGCUGCAGUGUGGUGCUGGGAUUUGUAGGCUGGACCUCUUAUGUCAUUUUAAUCAUACUGAGGACUCACGCCAGCCUUAAUCGGCGUCCUAAUCUCACCAAACAGAUCUCCAGUCGUAAUUUGAUGAGGCUUUCUGUUUCCGUGGCAGCGGUGAUCACAGUGUUCCUGCUCCUCCAGAGGAGUCCCAUUACUUAUUAUAUUUACUGCUUACUGCCAGUUCCUGUGUGGUACUCUGUCCUUAAAGAGUCUGGUGCUCUGACCGAUCUGAUACGAUCAGCCCCGUCUCUGCCUCUGGGGAAAUGCUUAAGCUCCUUCGUGUUGGUGGCGUUUGGGAUCGAGCUGCUGGUGGUGAGUUUCUUCCAUCGCGCCAUGCUGACUGUGGGCUUGGCUAUUCUCUCGCUUUGGCCCCUCCUCACCGGACUUUUUUCCAAGGCGAAGUUCCGUUCCCUGAGCUGGUUUGUGGCCUGUCUCUGUUUGGCUUUUUUCCCCCUGAUGCCGGUUGUGGGCAGAGAGGCUAACUUACAUCUGGUCACCUGUGCAGGUCUGCUCACCCUCGUCACUUCAGCCUGUUUUCUCUGGUCGUCAUGGCGGAGGUCGCCGCUGCACGCUAGUGACAGAUGGCAGUUUUUUAUUCAGAUGCUCCUUGUGGCUGUGUGCUCGUUCGUGCCGUUGCUCACACACUCCAGCCUGCUGCAGAAACGAGGCCUGCCGCUUCUUAACCAGAUCAUCAGUUGGAGCACAUUAGCAUCUUCUAUAUUAGUUCCUUUGCUGAGCUCGACGCGCAUCUUCUAUCGCCUCUUCAGCAUAUUCCUGUCUCUCACAUCCACGUACCUGCUGCUCAGCACGGGGUCAGAGGCAUUGUUUCCUCCUGUGUUAUCCUGGUUAAUGUUUGCAUGGAUCAACAUAGAACAGGAAGCUUUACUCACUCAAGGUGUCCCUGGCAGGCAAGAGUUGUCCACUAUUGAUUUCUCAGCAAACAUUGACAUCACUAAAAUCCGUCAGUUGAAGCUGGAUGACAUCAGAAGAUCCUAUUUUUUUGUAUUUUUUAUAAUAACAGCUUUCUUUGGCACAGGAAACAUAGCCUCCAUUAACAGCUUUGACCCAGCCUCUGUUUAUUGUUUUCUUACUGUUUUCAACCCAUUCAUCAUGGGAGGACUCAUGAUGUGGAAGGUUCUUAUUCCAUUCAUCAUAGUGAUGUGCACAUUUGAGAGCAUCCAAGUCUCAACACAGCUCUCAUCUAGAAGUCUGUUCCUCGUUGUGCUGGUCAUUUCUGAUGCGAUGGCUCUGCAUUUCUUCUUCAUGGUGCAGGAUUAUGGAAGCUGGUUGGACAUCGGCACAAGCAUCAGCCACUAUGUGAUAGUGAUGUCCAUGACCAUCUUCCUGAUGCUGCUCAGUGUGGUCACACACCUUCUAACCUCCAAGCGACUCAUCCUGUGGAACAGGCACAAGAUGCACUUCCCUUAGCUUCUAAGGUUGGACAAAACCAGGAAGCUACUCAUAACAUAUUUUGUAUUUUGUAUGUGCUCAGUGCUGUUUUACAGCAGCUAUUUGUAGAACUCAGGCAUGAGGGAUGUUGUAUACUAAUGUUUUUGCAUAUUGCUGUUUGCACAUGCCACUUUCACUGCAACACUGUUUCUAUUUCAGGUGCAGUUUUUUUUAAGGAAAUAAUUAAUUCAUUUGAGUAAAUUUACUUGAAUAUUUAGACUAAACAUUUGUCAAAAAUAAAAUUUAGGAAUAAAAUUGAAAA